GAGUGAGUGAGUCCUCAUCUGUGCCACAUGUUAGUUACUCUUAUCCAUUCUUCUGAGCAGUGAUUUAAGCUCUGGUUUAACCUGUUCUGCUCCUUGCGCACACACAUGAGCCCGUGCCAGAGCCGUGACGCAUGACGUGGCGUCAUGGAAGAUUAUGGAAUAAGAACAUGUAAAGAAAAGGAAAGGAGGAGAGGUGUUAAUAAAGGAAAGGGAAAGGUGAGGAAACACUGAAAGAACUGGACUAACGGGAGAUGAUCCAAGUGGGAACAACUAUGGGCUUUUAUGGCACGAAACUGAUCAGAAUUAUGGAGCAGUUUUAAAUCAGAGUCAGGUUAUGCGCUGGAGAAAUGAUGGAGAGGUUUAUAUUUAUAACUGUGCAGCCACUGGAGGUUCCUCUCUUCAUCAAUACAAGCUCAGAGCUGAAGCAGAACACAGGAGAACAGAGCAGGUCACAGCAGAACACAGGAGAACACGGGAGAACAAGCAGAAUAAAGUAUAACACUGGAGAAUAAAGCAGAACACAGCAGGAUACAGCAGAACAAGCAGAGAGCCUACAGCAGAACACAGGAGAACAGAGCAAGACAGUCCAGGACACAGGAGAACACAGCAGAACAUAGGAGAACAUAAGAGGACAAAGCAGAACACAGCAGAAUAAAGUUGAAUACAGCAGAACACAGGAGAACACAACAAGACAGUCCAGGACACAGCAGAGCAAAGCAGGACACAGCAGAAUAAAGUAGAACACAGCAGGACAGAACAGACGUCUCACAUGUCUCACACACCAUCUGAAAAAAUAAAAUGCAAAUAUGUAAAUCGCAGCACAUUACAAAACUCACAUGACUCAUAAAAGGAAGUAAAAUAAAGCAGCGUUUAGGAGAAGGAAGUGCAUUACAUCACUUUACCUUCAGGCCCUGUUAUUUUUAUAUCUCAAAGACAAUGACUUCACUUUACUCUUUUAACUGACAAAGUUAGUGAUAUAUUUAUAAAUGUUUUAACUAGAAUUGACCAAAAAGCAAAAAACCUGUGAGCAUCUUGUUACACAUAACACAAACCACUAGAGGGCAGAAUCGAGCUUUAAUGACUCCAACACCUCCAGGUCUGUGCAUGAGAUUACAAAACUACAGCCUCAUCUUGAUUUAAAAUAAUAAAUAAAUCAUAAAAUACAGUAGUUUGUAGUAGGACAUCAUCAGACACAAGUAAGACAUUUGAACAGUGAAGGAAAAACAUAAUAAUAAAUAAGAAUAACAGCCUAAAUCCUCAACAAAUGAUGAACUCAGUCUGUAUUAAACAUUUUUAAACUCAUUUUAAUGUAACAGACGCUCACUGUCAUUACACUGACUUCUACAAACUUAAAAAUCUCCUGCAGAGUCUAUGGUGGAUGUUCUUUUUUCCCACAGUUUGUCAGUUUGUCUUCAUUUUGAGGUGAAUUCAAAAUGAAAGCCUUGACUUCCUGUGUGUGGUGCACCAUGCUGUGAGCGUCACAAAGACACACACAAAGACACAAGACCCACACUAAACCAUCCCCUCAACCUGCCUAUUGUACUUUGAAUUUAUCUUCAUGAAAUUAAAUGAAAUCCCAUCAGUGAACAUGGUUUCCCAGGUCGUUCUCGCUGGUGUCCUGCUCGUCGUGGCAGCAGUGGAAGCAAAUCCUAAAGGUGGUGUCAGAUUCUGGAUGAACAGUGUCACGCUGCAGUGCCCUGAGGAAGGAGAAUGGUUUUAUGGCAAUGGAACGUCCAUGAUAGAUACAAAUGAUAUAAAACUAUAUUAUGAUUAUAAGUACAAGGGCUCCAAGGAUCAGUUCCAUUGUAAAUACAAGUCACAAUCUACUCCUGACGCUCCUGACGCUGCUGAGACUUUGGAGACCUACUACUUCUACAUCCAGGGAAAUGCCUGUGAAAACUGUUUGGAGCUGGACGCCUUGGUUUUUGCCGUCGUCAUUGCCGCAGAUUUGAUUGGAACAGUUAUAAUCAUGAUACUCAUCUACAAAUGCACAAAGAACAAAGCUGCAGGAUCACAACGAGCACCGAACUCUGCCAAUUUAAGACAAGUAGACAUACCCCUGACCUCGGAUUAUGCUCCUCUGAGCCGACACACUCGCUCCAACGAAACCUACACAACCAUCCACAAAACGGGAUAAGAGACAGGACGCCGCUGCCCUGGGACAAUUUAACAACAUCUGAUGGACUGGAGAAGACAGCGGCGGGUCACGGUCGCUGGGAUCCUGCUCCAAACUGAACUGGACGUGACACUUUGCGAAGAUAUCUGAGCUUCGGUGGACGUGAUAAUAACGAGUCGUGCUGAUUUUUCUUUUAUAUGAAGUCAAGGUUUGGAGAGCGAGGGCUGGUGAAACUUUAGUAUCGCAGUUUUUGGAUUGUUUUUGGCAAGUUUGCGUGUGAUAUUUAGGUCCGAAAAGACAAAAACAAGCCUCUGUAAUAAUGAAACUGACGCCACAAAUCAGGAAAACUCCAGACAUCAUUGUCAGAUAAUCCGGUCUGCACAAACUGCCCUUUUCUAGUGCAUUUUUUAGUGUUUUCUUGUGUGUACAUAUGUAAAGCAUCACUGAAAGUCUAAAGCCUGAUGCUGUGUAAAUAUUGGAUUAUAUUCUGAUUAAACGCAGUGUAAUUUCCACGUUUUAUUUUCCUGACGUGGUGAUAAUCUACUCACUGUUUCCAUCAGCGCAAACAGUUUCAAAUGUGCAACAACUUCACGAAAAACAGUUUAUUUGAGUCACCCAUGUCUAAUCUAAACCAGCAUGUUGCUUUAAAACGCUGCUUCCUGAUUCUGUUCUGUCUUAACGUCAUUGUAAAUAAUAAAACAACUUUUUU